AUGGAAAAUAACACUGCAGCAUUGCUGACAGAGUUUGUCCUCACAGGGCUUCCAUAUCAACUGGAAUGGCAGAUUGCCCUCUUCCUGGUGUUCUUUGCAAUAUACCUCACCACGAUUGUGGGAAACCUGGGGCUCAUUGCUCUCAUCUGGAAUGACUCUCAUCUUCAUAUACCCAUGUACUUGUUUCUUGGGAAUUUAGCAUUUGUGAAUACUUGGUUAUCAUCCACUGUGACACCAAAGAUGCUGGUAAACUUGGUAGCUAAGAGCAAAUUGAUAUCGCUCUCUGAAUGCAUGACAAAAUUUUUUUCCUUUGCAACCAGUGCCACAAUGGAAUGUUUUCUCUUGGCAGCAAUGGCUUAUGAUCACGACAUUGCCAUAUGCAAGCCUUUACUUUAUCUGGCUAUUAUGACCAAUACACUAUGUAUCGAUCUAUUAAUUUUAUCAUUUGUAGGUGGCUUUCUUAAUUCUUUAACUCAUAAAGGACUUUUAUUCAGAUUAACCUUCUGUAACUCCAAUGUGAUACAUCACUUUUAUUGUGACAUUAUACCAUUGUUAAAAAUUUCUUGUACAGAUCCUUCCAUUCAUUAUCUAAUGCUUUUUAUUUUGUCAGGCUCAAUUCAGUUACUCACAAUUGUGACUGUUAUUGUCUCCUAUACAUUUGUUCUUUUUACAAUUUUAAAAAAGAAGUAUCUCAAAGGCACAAGGAAAGCUUUCUCCACCUGUGGAUCUCAUCUUCUCUCUGUGUCUUAAUAUUAUGGUAGUCUUGUCUUCAUGUAUAUGCAUCCUGCGUCUUCACAAGCAGAUGGACAAGAUAUGAUGGACUCUUUAUUUUACACUGUCAUAAUUCCUGUGUUAAAUCCAGUCAUCUACAGCCUGUGAAAUAAGAAAGUAAUAGAUUCUCUAACAAAAGCAUCAAGGAGAAAUGUUUAG